AUGCAGGGACCUGCAGAUAAGCAGAUCUGUCAACUCAACAAAGUUUUGGUGAUAGAUUUCUGCGACCUCUACACAGUUGCUGGCCUCCUCACCGUGAACAAGGCUUGGGCUUCGGCAGUUGUGGCCGUGUACAACUUGCGCCUGAGCCGGUCAACAGCGGGGGCGGAUUGGAGCGAAGGUCGAUGCUCCUGCAAGCUGGCACAACUGCGCCGCCUCCUUCAGAAUCACAAGCCCACGCCAUUGGCUUUUCUCUGGAGGCGUGAAAUUUCUCCCGCUGAAGUGGAGGUUGACCACGUAAAGGGGUUAAGCCCCGCCGUCAUGACCACACGCAAGAUGAGACAAUUCAUCCGGCCUGUGGAAAAAUCUGCUCUUAUAGCUGCUGCAAAGCAGGUCAUAGGGGGCAUGCGCGUCAUUCGCCAGGGCGACGGGCUUCUUGAUAUCGACUCUGCAUCGAUUCCAUCCAUGAUGAUGGAGGGAUCCAUGGGGGCACCUUUCGGGUACACUGCGGCCUGGGGUCGUGAAAGUGAUGGUGAAGGUUCAGACGGAGAGGUUUUGCUGUAUGAUGAGGCUGCAGCGCUACUGCCCAGGGCUCUAAGCUUUCUGGAUUCCGGAAACCAGAACCACCUCAUUACGGCGCAGAUAGACCUGAGCGGGAAAGUUCCUUUCCAGAACCACGUAAGCGACUUGUUCUAUUCAAUGACAGGGGAUGCUGACCUUGAAGAUGUGCAGACUCCUCGUGACAUGUGCUACCUAGCAAUUUCUGGGCGUGUGCCACGCGGCAGAUUCCCGCUGUACUGGCGGCUGCUCGUGUGCACCCAUCCCUGCUUCUACGACUUCGAGCAACUGUCGGCGCAACCCAUCAACCCAAGUUCUGAGUCAGCACACUUGGCCCGGAUGCAGAAUCCAGUGUGGGUGCUAAACUAA